AUGUCAACCCUCCAUACCAGCCCGAACGUCUCCAAUGGCGAGCCUCAUGACGCAAAGAUUGAAGAGAAAGGCACACAAAAUGUUGAGAUUGGUGUGAGCCACUCUGAGAAGCAAACCUUCUACUCCAAGGUGUCGGUGUAUCUGAUGAUGAUCUUUUCAGGUCUCGCCUUAGGUUCGGAUGGAUACAACGCAGGAGUCAUCGGUAAUCUCGAGCUCUUGUUCACAUCUCUGUACCCAGAUGCCCUAACAAGUAUGAUGUCUUCUCGUCUAUCCAACGCCUUUCUUAUCGGCAUGAUCGUCGGUAUGAUUGGCUUUGGCGUUUUGGUAGACCAGCUAGGCCGCAAGACAGGAGCAGUCAUGACAACUAUCAUCCUAGUCGUCGGAAUCGCGCUCAGUACUGGCGCCAGCGGAACAUCUGACUCUGGCCUCUUAUGGAUGCUCGUCAUCGCUCGUGGAAUCGCUGGUGUCGGAGCUGGUGGUGAAUAUCCUGUCUCGGGUGCUGGUGCACUGGAGGCUUCUGAUGAGGCAAGCCACUUCCGCAAAUCCCGUGGCUUCAUGUUUGCCAUGGUUGCAGACUUAUCAGCUGGUUUGGGAUAUACCUUUGCCGCUCUUGUUCCCCUGAUCCUACUACUAUGCGUCAACCAAAGGACUGAUCGCUAUGAGCUUGUCUGGAGAUUGUCGUUCGGACUUGGUGCUAUUCCUCCUCUCACAAUUUUCUGGUUCCGUCUUAGGAUGCGAAUGUCUACCGCCUAUCGAAAGUCUGCUAUGCGAAAGCAGAAGACUCCUUAUACAUUGAUCUUCAAAAAGUAUUGGCGACGAAUCUUUGGUGCUGCUUUCAGCUGGUUCCUCUACAACUGGAUCUCUAUUCCAUUUGGUAUCUUCAGUUCUGUUAUUAUAUCUCGAGUCAAUGCAUCCAAUUCACUUGUUCAGAAUCUGGGCUGGGGCGCGCUUAUCAACAGUUUCUAUCUUCCUGGUCCGUUUAUUGGAGGAUUUCUUUCUGAUCGAAUUGGAAGGAGAAAGACCAUGGCGCUGGGCUAUACCCUACAGGCGAUCCUUGGAUUUGUUCUUGGAGGUGCCAAUGAGAAGAUCCAAAAGGUCUUCCCACUGUUUGUGGUUCUCUAUGGAAUCUUCCUUACCCUAGGUGAGGUUGGCCCAGGAAGCACGGUUGUCAUUAUGGCAACUGAGCCAUUCCCAACCUCUGUGCGAGGUCACACGAUGGGAUUCAUCUCAGCGUGGUCCAAGGCCGGAGCUGCUAUAGGCACUCAAGUCUUUACUGCCAUACUCAGCUCAUACGCCGAUCCCGUCAAGGGUAACCAAGUUGCCUUUUUGGUAGGCUCCGGCUUUGCAGUAAUUGGAGCGUUGAAUGCCUGGUUUGUUCUACAGGAUGGUGAAAAGCAGCUGGACAAAGAAGACCUUGUUUGGAAGAAUUACCUUGCUGAGCAGGGAUGGGAUGUAACUUGGGGUGAUUAUGAGACUCCGGACCCGGUGAAAACAAAACAUCAGGAGCUAUUGGUACGAUCUUAG